AUGGACGCGGCAGAGGUCGAUUAUGAUGCCAAGCUCUACAAGGCUUCUGGGGACAUCAUCCCAGAACUACAGGUAAAAUUGCCGCUGCUUAUAUGGCAUGAUGGAAAUAAGAGCAGACUACGCACACACGUUCUGUACACGAAAUGUGCGGAGUUGAGAAACUUGAUUGACCGGUUUCAGGAAUGGCCGCAGCUACUUGAUCCAGUACUGGCGUCGCUGGUCCAGAGUGUGGUCGACGGCUUCCAGCAGUAUAUCACCCAGUAUGCGGACUACUACGGCUACGAGACGAGGUCUGAUAGCCAGGCGAUUCCCUUGCCACUUGGCCUCAGCCAGAUUCUGUACACACUGUGCAAAGUACGUGGCUACAAGGUGAUCGUUCGUCUCUUGAACAAUGAGCCACGCUAUGUGGAACCUAUGCUCUUCUGCAUGCGACAUUGGCAGACCCUGAGAUCCCGAAGCCUCACUAGUCCAUCCGUCUGGGAAGAAAAGUACAUCAUGCUGCUAUGGCUUUCCCAUCUGAUGCUUGCUCCGUUUGAGCUCUCGACAUUGUCCACACACAACAAAGUGAACAUUGAUUCUGGUCUUUCGAGGCUUACCGAGGGACUCCCCGAGGUCGCUGUUGAUGUCCUGUCCCUCGGCUUUGAGCAUAUAACAAGCCCAAGCAAAGAACGAGAAUCGGCGGUGAUUUUGCUAGUGCGCCUUGCUCUGCGCAAAGACAUGCAGUCUGCAAACUUGUCCGAACAAUUGGUCGACUACGCUGUUGGGAAGCUUCUGGAUCCUCCGUCGAAGAAGAACACGUCCGUCUACCACGCAAUUGGUUAUUUGUCACUUUUGUAUGCGCUCAUGAAUCUCGGUACUAUGUCAGAGGUUGCGCCGUUUCUGACCAAGGUGUAUCGAGCAAGUGCUACACUGUUCUCCUCUUCAGACGAGCAUCACGCGACAAUCCGUGGAUCUGCUCCUGCUAGGAAGCUGCUGAUAAAGGUUCAACGGGUUUGCUUGACCCAUGCGCUUGCCCUAGCCAGAACGCCAACCCCGCUCGACGGUGACAUGGUCAACGAGAUGCUCGAGGAGGGCAUCCAAACCUACCUCGAUGCCCUUGGUGAUCAAGACAGUCCCGUACGUAUGGCUGCAAGCAAAGCGCUAAGCGUCAUUACCCUAAACCUGGACGAAAGUAUGGCAGCCGAGAUCGUGGAGGCUGUCCUGGGUAGCUUGGCAGAGAACAUCCUUGUUGAAGAUCCGAACACGGGUCGAUCAAUGGCGAAGACGGACCUUCCCACGGACAAUACUUUGCAGAUGAAACGAAACAUCAGUCUCGUUGAUCCCCAGAAGUGGCAGGGUCUCAUGCUGACGCUUGGUCACCUUCUGUUUCGACGCUCACCUCCUCCUCACCAGUUGGUAGACAUAAUAGAAGCAUUACUGGUUGGUCUGGAAUUCGAGCAGCGCUCCAGCGUUGGCACGUCCGUUGGUAAUGGUGUACGUGAUGCCGCAUGCUUCGGAAUUUGGGCGUUGUCACGCAAGUACAGUACAUUAGAAUUGGACGCCAUCAAGGCUGCAGAAGUGGCUGGUGGGAAUGUGACUAGCAACAGCGAUGGCAACGAAAGCUCUGCCCUACAGCUGAUCGCCACCCGGCUGACGCUGGCAGCAUGUCUCGAUCCCUCAGGAAACAUCCGGCGAGGGUCUUCAGCAGCUCUGCAAGAGCUCAUCGGACGACACCCAGACAUCAUCGUACAAGGCAUUCCGAUAGUUCAGGUCGUCGACUAUCAAGCCGUGGCACGAAGAUCACGAGCAAUGAUAGAGGUCGCUGUGGCAGCCUCUGAGCUCGACAAGCUUUACCAUGAUGCACUUCUCGAUGCCCUGGCAGAUUGGCGCGGAGCCCGAGCUGCAGAUCCAGACUCUAGAAGAUGGGCGGCCGAUGCUAUGCGGCGUCUGUGCAGGCGCACUUCGACGGACCGCAGGACCGAUCUAGCACGACAAGUGCUUCAGACUGCGUCAAAGCUGAAGCCGCGAAAUCUUGGAACCACAGCAGGAAGUCGACAUGGCCUGUUGUUACUAGCCACUGCGAUCAUAGAAUCGGACGACUCGCAGUCGAACCCGGGGACAUGGAGAAGGCUCCUGGAGUGUUUCAAGCUCGAGGACCUAUCAGGCAGUCUCAGCGGAAAAGCGACGAAUGACACCGAAAUGGUCAUCGAAUCCGUUGCACCGCUUUUUCAGGCGCUCGUUCGAUACCAGUCUCCACCAGACGAAAUGUUGUCGAUCAUAGAUCAUUGCAUCUUGAUCAGCUCGAAGCCUCGAACGGUCGACGCUUGUGCGACGGCCAUGAUGUCGCUCUCCAGGACUCUGGACGCGCAACAGCAAGCGUUGUUGUUAAGGUCUUGGAUGGAUCUGUCAACUCAAAAGCGUUCUGACUUGGUCUGCAAAGGUCGCCUACACUCACUCUCAAAGUUAUUCGAACUUGCCGACUCAGGUGGGGCCGACAGACAGCGCAUCUUGCCAUUCUUUGCGGACAUCGUAUGUGGACCGGACGCGAUCGAGACGAGAGUUGUAGCCAUGAGUUGCCUUGGUCGGUCGCUUCGAGCAAUGGCAGAGAGAUCAACUGGCCGAUUCGACGAGGCCGCUGUUACCAGAGCGCUGCUGCACGGUCUGAACGACUAUACUAAUGAUCAGAGAGGCGACAUUGGCUCGCUGCUUCGCCUUGAAAGCUUAGACGUGGCCGAGAUUAUCACCAGAUUCCCGAUGCAAGAAGCUGAGGUACUGAUAGCGGCAGUGACACCAAACGUUGUCCGGCUCGCAGCAGAAAGGCUUAAUAAAGUCAGACAUCGUGCAUCGUCCUGCUUGAAAGUAUGCUGGUUCUAUUUGGGCUGGCAGCCAGCACUACCAGAGUCAUACGAACACCUGGCUGAUGUUUCCUCUGAAAGCUACUUCAGCCAUCUGCUCCCGCUUGUACGCAACGAGCAAGUCAAUGUUCAGCUGAUCAAAGGUCUCGCCUCGUCAGCUGCGGGGACCACGGAGGAGAUUGGACGUGCCUGCUGUCGCGCGCUCACAACAUAUGCUCUUGACGUGCGGCUGAACGCUGAAAUAAAGCAGCGGAUGAUGUCAGCCAUGUUGAGCUGUGUCGCCGAGUCCGGAUCAGCAGAAGACAGCCAGGUCAUCCCUCUCUUAGACUUCUGCACCUUCAUGGUCGAGCAAGGUAUCUUCGCUUCCGAUACCGACAGCUUUCCCGCACGAGCAUGGAACACGUUCCAGAAAGUCCACACCACGACGGCAUCUAUAGAACGAUUGGAUGCGCUAAUCAGGUUAUACAGCGCAUUCCUCGUGUAUCCUGAUCUGCGGAACAAAGUACUGGACAAGCUUACACGUCUCUUGCUCCAUCGCUAUCCAAAGAUUCGAAAUGCGGCAGCCGACGUGUUGUACGUCAACACCAGUGAGGAAGUGCUGCUUGAGCGUGAUUGGAAUGGUGCGGCUGCUUCGAAUAAGCCGCAAGUACUGGAAUUGAGGCGGCGGCUAAGAGUCGGUGUUGCUGUGCAGGAAGCUGCCUGA